AUGAAGAUUUCGUUUGAUAAAGAAAAGUCACAUUCUCACAAAUUGCAAUUUGCCAAUAAUAUUAAAAUAGCCUUAGCUAUCGAAUUUGCAAAUAAAAAUAAGAAUCCAUCGUUAACUAUUGAUCCUGAAAAUACCAAAGCAGAAUUAGUUUCAGAUAAUUUCAAAUUAUUCAACACUACUGCCAUUUUACAAUACGUUUUAAAUGAUUUUAAUGUCGACAAAUACGCCAUCACCACACUAGAACCAUUAUUAUACAAGGAAACAUCAUCACACUCAAAGGAAGUUGUUACUAAGGCCAUCGAAAUUAUUUUUUCUGGUAACAAUAGCGACGUUUUCCCAGUCACUGCUUCCAACUUAAUUGUUUUCGCUGACGCUUAUGCUUUGGAUGCUGAUCAAUUUUCCACCUAUAAAAACUUACCAGAUAUCCUAACCAACGCGUUAAAAGUUGCUAGAACUCAAACUCCACGUCAAUCAUCUGAGUUUAAACAUUCAGGUGCUGUCAACAUCGAUGAAACCUUUAAAGUUUUAAAAAAUACUACCACUGAUGGUAAAAUUCUACCAAGGGAAAAUGAGAAAAAUAUUUUGGUCACUUCAGCUUUACCAUAUGUCAAUAAUGUUCCUCAUUUAGGUAACAUAAUUGGUAGUGUUUUAAGUGCCGAUAUUUAUGCUCGGUAUUGUAAGGCCAGAAAUUACAACACUUUGUUUAUUUGUGGUACCGAUGAAUACGGUACCGCUACUGAGACAAAAGCUCUGGAGGAAAAGGUUUCCCCUAAGGAAUUGUGUGACAAAUACCACAAAAUUCACGCCCAAGUUUAUGAUUGGUUUCAAAUCGGGUUUGAUCGUUUUGGUAGAACAACAACUCCAAAACAGACCAUUAUUGCCCAAGAUAUUUUCACCAAAUUAAAUAACAAUGGAUUUUUGGAGGAAAAAUCCAUGAAGCAAUUGUAUUGUCCAGAACAUAAAGCUUACUUAGCUGACAGGUAUGUUGAAGGUGAAUGUCCUAAAUGUCAUUAUGAAGAUGCUCGCGGUGAUCAAUGUGAUAAGUGCGGUGGCUUAUUGGAUCCAUUUGAACUAAUCAACCCACGUUGCAAAUUGGAUAACGCCACACCAGAACCAAGAAACUCCGAACACAUAUUUUUAUGUUUAGAUAAGUUAGAAGGUGAAAUUAAAAAAUGGGUGGACAAAGCCAGUGAAGAAGGGGAAUGGAGCAAAAAUUCCAAGACUAUUACUCAGUCUUGGUUAAAGGAAGGUUUACAACCACGGUGUAUCACCAGAGACUUGGUUUGGGGUACUCCAGUUCCGCUAGAAAAGUACAAGAACAAAGUUUUGUACGUUUGGUUUGAUGCUACAAUUGGAUAUGUUUCUAUAACUGCUAAUUACACGGAUGAUUGGAAAAAAUGGUGGAAAAAUCCGGAAAAUGUUAAAUUGUACCAAUUUAUGGGCAAAGAUAAUGUCCCAUUCCACUCUGUAAUUUUCCCAGGUUCUCAAUUGGGUACAAAAGAAAAUUGGACAAUGUUGCAUCAUUUAAGUACCACAGAAUAUUUGCAAUAUGAAGGUGGUAAGUUUUCCAAGAGUAGAGGUAUCGGUGUCUUCGGUAACAAUGCUCAAGAAAUCGGAGUUUCUCCAAGUGUUUGGAGAUAUUAUUUGGCUUCUGUUAGACCAGAAUCCAGUGAUUCUCAGUUUUCUUGGAGUGAUUUUGUCACCAGAAAUAAUAGUGAAUUGUUGGCCAAUUUGGGUAAUUUGGUUAACAGACUGGUCAAAUUUGUUAAUGCAAAAUAUAAUGGUGUUGUUCCUGACUAUGACAUCAAAAACUUGGAUAACUUUUCUGGGUUGACAAGCGAUAUAAACAAGAUCUUGGAGUCUUAUAUUGACGAAAUGGAACAUACUCAUGAAAAACGUGGAUUAGAACUAGCCAUGUCUUUAAGUUCUCGCGGUAACUUGUUUUUGCAAGAAAACAAAUUGGAUAACAGUUUGUUUUCUGAAUUUCCAGCAAAAUCUGACGCUGUUGUUGGUGUUGGUUUGAAUAUUAUUUACACUGUUGCUUCCGUUAUCUGUCCAUUUAUGCCAGAAACAGCUGAAUUGAUUUAUAAAAUGUUGAAUGCUCCUGCUUUAAAAAUUGACAAUAAAUUCCACCUAUCUAUUUUGGGUGGUCACAAUAUUAAUAAAGCCGAAUAUUUGUUUCAACGUAUUGAUGAAAAGAAAAUUGAUGAAUGGAGAUCCAAAUAUUCUGGACAACAAGUUUAA